AUGGAAGCUUAUGUAAGUACACCAGAAUCCCCUAUAGAACUUAAACCAUUUGUUGGUCGUAGCUUCCCCAUAUUGGACAACGCAAUUGAAUUUUACGAGAACUAUGGUCGAAGUGUUGGAUUUGAUACAAGGAAGAACAGUUCAAAGAAGGUUGAUAGUAUCACCAUAUGGUUUUACAUGGUGUGUAACAGAGAAGGUGAACAGAAAUUUAGUGAUCAACAGCCCAAACGACGACGUAAAUCGAAAAAAUGUGGAUGUAAUGCUUGUGUUGCAUUCAAAUUUGAUUCUGACCGUGGUUACGUCAUUCAACAUUUGAACGAAGAACACAACCACCCCAUGGUUGAUAUACAACACCAGAAGUUCAUGAGAUUAAAUCGUCAAAUUGAACCAGUUCACCAAAAAUUUAUUUCGUAUUGUGCUGGUGCUAAUAUUGGUCCAUCUCUCACUUUCAAGCUAUUGACUGAAUUGAUGGGCGGAUAUGAGUCUGUUGGGUGUACUGUGUUGGACAUCCGUAACUACACACGGGACAUCAUAAGAUACGCUGAAAGAUAUGACGCCCAAAUGAUAAUAGACGAGAUGAAGAAGAAGGAAAAUUGUGACGCCUUCAUGUACGAGUAUGAAGUUGAUUCUCGUAGUCGACUGAUGCAUUUAUUCUGGUGUGAUCCUAUUGCUAAGAUGAAUUUUAUGCAAUUUGGUGACAUUGUCUCGUUUGACACUACGUACUCAACUAAUAGGUACUCAAUGAUUUAUGCUCCGUUCACUGGGAAGGACAACUAUGGCGCGCAGUGUCAUUUGGAGCUGUUUGUAAAGUGCAUGGGCAUAGCUCCCAAGUUGAUAAUUACUGAUCAAGACUUGGGCAUGAAAGUUGCUGUUGAAAAAGUUCUUGUGAAUACACGUCACAGAUGGUGUAUGUGGCACAUCAUGGCAAAAGUGGCUGAAAAGGUUCCUAAGUCACUUCUAGGUAAUCCUGAUUUUAAAAAGGAUUUGAAUUCAUGUGUUUGGUCUAAGUUGAUUGAACCCACAGAGUUUGAAGACAAGUGGAAGACUGUGAUGGAGACAUAUGAUCUUGAAGGCGCUGAAUGGUUCGGUUCUAUGUUCGAAUCAAGAAAGUUUUGGGUUCCUGCAUACUUUAGGGAGUUCCUUAACAAUUCUUUGAUAAAGACGACUUCUGUUUCGGAAUCUCAGAACAGUUAUUUCAAGAGGUAUACUCAGUCUAGGGCUAACCUUGUUGUUUUUUUAAUGAAUUUCAACAAUGCUGUUAAUGCCCAACGAAACUACUCCGCAAAGCUGGAUUAUAAGGAUUAUAAUACUACCGCAAAGAUGAAAACAGAGUGGUCUCUUGAGAAGCAUGCAUCUACAAUAUUCACAGAUGGUGCAUUCAAGGAAAUUCAAGAAUAG